AUGAGCGACAUAUCAUCGUUUGCUGAGACUGAACAACAAAACUUCUGCGAUGCUUUCCUGCCGAGCGCUGCCCUAGCCUCGUGGGGUGUUUGGGGAGAGGAAGAACCUUCUUUCGCCGACCGUACCGAAAGCACUUUGCGGGAUCGUUGCGGUGGAUCAUGCGUUAAUCAACAGUCCACCACGUCGGGUAAACGAGGAAAUGGGCCGAAGCCACCACCGCCACCACUGCUGACUUCUCAACUGCCUCAAUCACCUCCAUGCCAUGUGAGACCCCGACUGGCCCAUCCCCGUCAUGUUUUGGUUGUGGACAAGGAGGGUGUUGUGUCCCAGGAUAUUCCUCGUAUCAUCUCUCCGUCGUCAGUUCUAUCGAGCAGCUCAUUAUCACCAUUCUCUAAACAUGUGGAAGAAAAUCAUCAACUCAGCAGCCCCUAUCUUUAUGAAAAUGCCAAUGAAUAUCCCCACAUGCUUGAAUCACCGUACAAUUUGUCUCAAUCUGUUGCAAAAUCUCUAUCACCAUUUGAACAUUCCGCCAGCUACGCAACCAGCACCGCCGACAGCGAUUUCGAUUACUCACAUCUUAUUUGUUCUCAUAAUAUCGAAGAUUUUGGGGAUGACAUUGCUUAUGGCCAGUCAGCAAGCAGUUCCUUCGCAUCUCCUCAAGAAGUUUCUUCUCAGUUACAAGCAACACCUGACUUUUCAUUCAUUGACAGCAUCUACGAAAGUACUGUCGCGAGCCCUCCUGAUGCCACAGUUGAUGUUCCUAGCACUACGCCGGUCAUCACACUGGGUGUCGACUCGCCUGUGACAAUAGUUGCUGUGGAUGGAAAAGAAUACAAAGUAGUUCUACAAGAAGUCAAGCAAGAUCCUAAAAUUGGAGCUAAGAGGAAAGCAUCUGCAGCAGAGCCCAAGCGAGCUCCUGGUAUCCCAUUAGCAAACAUGUCGAUCGAAGAAAUCAACGCCCGAAAAAGAGAGCAGAACAGAGUUGCUGCGCAACGCUAUCGUGAGAAGAAAAGAAACUGUAAAGAGACGGAGAAAGAAGAGAGAAUCAUGCUGGAGGAGGAACGACUUGAGAAGCGCAACUCUUUCCUACGCGCAGAAGCUGUACGUCUUCAGGACGAGAUAGAUGAGCUUAGGAAGGCGAUCCUUGGAGGAGUUGCAGUGCGA